AUGAGCGGCCGCAAGCGGUUGAGUGUGCAGAUUGUCCCCAGUCCAGAUUCAGAUGAACCGCAGGAACCCCCUCAAGCAUCGGAGGAACUGGAGGCCCAGAAGUCGCCAAAGAGCUCCACUCCUCGGUCUCCUCGCAGUCCAGGCGCGCAAACUGUUCGAACAAGGAGCAGAGGAGUCGAAGACAAUCUGGCAACUGUGAUUUCGCGAAAGUCCGCCUUCGCAGGGAAGCCUCAAUUCCACAGGUAUUCAGUGUUCGCGUCGCUAUUUGACAUACGAGCUGCUGUGCCAGCGGAUGAGGUCCCGAAGCUGCUGGAUCGCCAAGGAACAAAGCUGACAACUACAUCAGUGAGUUCCGACUCAUUCUUUUCGACGUAUCGCUGCAGGAGACGACUCGCCAGAUGCGGACGCGCGCUGGUGAGAACCGAGUCUCGAGUACAUCCGCUGUGCUUCUUUAGUUUACUGGUUGGUGGCUUUGCGCUGUCCUUCGAGUCGGAAUGCUCCGAAGCUGAGCGACCGCUGAUGUUCUGGGGCAAACUGCUUCACUUAGUCUCAACUCUGGCCUACUUGGUGUUUGCUGUCUUGCACUUCAUCUACUCGCCACAGAAUCCGUGGCCGGAGAUGUGGAAGCAGAGAACAGCCAGGUUCAAACUGCUGAAGCAGCACGCCGCUGGCGCUAGCCUGCAUCCGGCACUGGUCCAGCAACUGCACGCCCGAGGAGGGCCGGUGCAGGACAGCAAGAACCCAGAGACGGAGGGUAAUGUAUGGUCGUUUCGCUUUUGGAUCCCAGUUUUUGACUUCCUCGUGUUUGUUGGACUCUUCGUGGAGGUGACACAGCUCACGUCAGAGCCAACAAGGAUAGAGGGAUGGAUUCAUUGGGCAUGGAUCUUAAUCCUUGCCAAAGGGUAUCGAUUGCUUGUGCCACCCUCCGUGCCAGUGGUGUCCAGCUUCUGGAGGGAUGGCAUCGAGCUGGGGAUGUGGCUUUUUGUGAUGAUUCACCUCUUUUCGAGCUUUUUGAGCGUCAUAUCGAUCAUGCACGUGCAAAGCGGGCGUGAAGAUGCUUGGGCAUUCGACAGCUUACGGGGCAGCGGAGGCACCAGUGGCUGUAGAAGGUUCUACAUGGUUGCCUGGUACUAUACAACGACCACAGCGACUUCCAUUGGAUAUGGAGAUAUCACACCACAAAAUGCAGAUGAGCGGCUAUUUGCAUCUGUGGUCAUGAUUCUGAGCCAGCUCUAUUUUGCAAAGGUUUUUGCUGAUCUGACGUUCCUGACGUCCAUGUAUAACCAAUGGACGCUGCUGCGUCACCAAAGAAUGACGCAGACUCGAUCGGCACUGGAAAGCAUGAAUAUCCCGAAACAGCUGAUCCAGCGCGUGCAAGCUUGCCAGACAUACGUCUGGGACGUUCAAAAAGAACGUCGCGCGAAGAAUUGCUUUGAAGAUCUGACAUCUCAGUUGCAGGAGGAGGUGAAGCUGGUAUUGUAUUCUCGUCUCGUCAUCCAAGUCCCCUUCCUGCAGAUGGUCGAUGCAAGGGCGCUGAGAUUUCUGAUCAGUCGCCUCCAAGAUCAGGUCUUCCUGCCAGCUGACUUUAUCAUUUGCCGUGGAGAGAUCGGAAGCGAGAUGUUCUUCUUGCGGGAUGGCUGUGCGGGUGUCUUUACCUGUGUACGGGCACCCCACUGGGACGACGAGGAGAUCAAGCGUGUUGAGAAAGGAAGCCACUUCGGUGAGAUCGCGUUGCUCACAGGUCAACUCCGCACUGCUUGGAUCAUGGCCCGUGCAUACUGCUUGACAUCUGUCCUGCAAGCGAGUGCGAUAGAUCACCUGAUGGCUCAAGAUCCGACGUCUAUUUGCACCCUUAUCAAAAACUUUCAGGACAUGCUGAAGUUGAAAGCUACACUGUCAUGGGCUGACAUCAAACAGAGAUUGGACAGAGAGUUUGAUCCAGACGAUGUCUUGCGAAACGACCUUUAUGACUUCACUUGCAGUGGUGACGAUGGUCUCGCGCCGGCAGGCCUGAUCACUUGGACGCGAUAUCAACUGCUGCUAUCUCGAAUUCAGGUCAGUCAACUGGAUCAAAAGCUGCUUUGGGCUUUGCUCGACGAAGACCAGUGCGGUUCUGUCAGUUUCGAGCAGUUUGUGUUCGUUGUGUACGGGCACUGGCCCGAGGAGACUGGAUCCGAAUCCGAUGGUGGAGCCCAACCAUCAGCAUCGAUCAAAUCUGGGAAGUCCUCGAAAUCUUUCAAAUCCUUUAAAGUGCCGGCAAUUGAUGUCAUCGAGCGAAAAGACUCGUCGGCAUCGAGGCUGCGGCCAUCUACUUCGACGCGAUCUAGGGCACCCCACGCCAGGAGAAGGAAGCAAGGAACUUCGGUGGAUGGUGAUGCAGUAGGGAUCGUACAGAGGCUGGCAGUGCUGGAAGACAAGAUCGACGCACUUCUGGGCGCACAUCCGACAGAGCAGUCUGCUUCUCUGCCCAAUUCAGAACAACGACUUUCUUUGUCGGUUCCCAGGGGACGGCAGAAUAGUUUGCAUUGA